AUAACUUUCCAAAUGCAACUGAUAAGAUUUGCCAAAUAUUAUAUUUGUCUAAAACAUUUAUAUAAAAACAGGAAAUUAUUUGAAAAACCAUUAUUUGUUUGGAACUAACAACUAAAGCAACAACUUCUAACAACAUGCUCACCUUUGAAGAAAUCGUUGAAAAGGCCAAGAACUUGACCAACAAGCCCACUCAAGAAGACUUCUUGGAAUUCUACGGUUACUAUAAACAAGCCACCGUUGGUGACUGCAACACCGAUGAACCUGAAGAUCCCGUCAGAAAGGCUAUGUGGAACUCGUGGAAAUCCAAGGCUGGCACCAGCUCUGAAGACGCCAAGGCUAAAUACAUUGAAGUCUAUCACAAAUAUGCUCCCAAAUCCGAAUAAAUUAAUAUUUUUUUCUGAAUUUGGUUCAGUUGUGCAGUAGUAGCAGUUUUCUCAAUUUAAUUUAUGUUUUGUAAUUUAGAAAAACUUUCAAAAAUUUAUUUAUUUUAUUUACUUUGUGAUUUUCUGGUAAACCAAUGUUUAAGUGUAAAUAAAAUUUGUUUUUAAGUAAA